AUGUCUGAAAUGAAAUCCGUCGCCUAUUUUGUCAAUUGGGCAAUUUACGGCCGCAACUACAACCCGCAGGAUCUGCCUGCGCAGAAGCUGACACACAUCCUCUAUGCAUUUGCGAACGUUCGUCCCGAAAACGGUGAAGUGUACUUGACCGACUCUUGGUCGGACGUCGAGAAGCAUUACCCGACGGACUCGUGGAAUGACGUCGGUGACAAUGUGUACGGAUGUGCUAAGCAGCUUUUCCUGCUCAAGAAGCAGAACCGCAAGAUGAAGGUUUUGCUUUCUAUCGGUGGCUGGACGUACUCGGCGAAUUUCGCGCAGCCUGCGAGCUCCGAGGAGGGUCGGGCUACGUUUGCUGAAUCGGCCACACGUCUUGUUCUGGAUCUGGGAUUCGACGGUAUGUUUCAUCGCCUAGGUACGCUGUACAAUGCUGAUCUUGGCUCUUUCAUAGGGCUUGAUAUCGACUGGGAAUAUCCCAAAGGUGAGAUUGUCAGAACAUACUCAAAGGAAGUACGAGGCUCAUGUUAUGUCCAGAUGACACCGAGGCCGAGAACCUGGUUCUCUUGCUCCAGAAGUGCCGAGAGGGAGGCUGGUCCCGAUCGCCGUUUCUACUUGACAAUCGCCUGCCCUGCCGGCCCGAGCAACUACGAGAAGCUUAAAUUCCAAGAGAUGACCCCAUUGCUAGACUUCUACAACCUCAUGGCGUAUGACUUCGCCGGAAGUUGGGACACCAACGCUGGCCACCAAGCUAAUAUCGCCCCUUCAAAUUCCAACCCUGCAAGCACACCAUUCUCGAUCAACGCUGCUCUGGACCACUACAUCAACGUCGGCGGUGUACCACCCUCAAAGAUCGUCAUGGGCAUGCCACUGUACGGGCGUGCAUUUGAGGACACCGAUGGACCAGGCACUCCCUUCUCCGGGGUUGGAGAGGGCAGUUGGGAGAAUGGGGUGUGGGAUUACAAGGCGCUGCCCAGACCCGGGGCCGAGGAACAGUUCGAUGAGGAAUCCAGUGCCUCGUAUUGCUAUGAUGGCGGUGCGCGCACGAUGGUUUCUUACGACACAGCCCAUAUGGCGCAGGUCAAGGCGAACUAUAUUCGCGAGCGCGGACUGGGCGGCGGUAUGUGGUGGGAGAGUAGUGGUGAUAAGGGUGGUAAGGAGGCUGAUCCGGCGGAGGGAAGCUUGAUCGGUAUCUUUGUCGAUGGUGUCGGUGGUGAAGGCGCUUUGGAUCAGUCGGCUAAUGCUCUCGAGUAUCCCGAGAGCAAGUAUGACAAUGUCAAAGCUGGCUUCCCGGAAGAGUAA